AUGAGAGCGGCGGCUCGGGAAUGCGUGCUCGAGCGAGCGCGGCGGCGGCGGCGGCUGGGCUGGGGCCAGCGCGAGGAGGGAGGGGACGGGCCGGCCCCUCGGCCAGCGCCCGCCCAGUGCCAGAGCGGAGGGGCGCGCCCCAGGCAGCGGGCAGGGGAGCGCCAGUCGGCCCUGCUCACGCGCCCAUUGGCCGCCGGGCUGCGGGGGGAAGCCGGGGCCGCGGAGCCACGUCGCCCGCCCGGGUGGUGGGCGCAGGGCUCGGGUUUCGCCUCGGCCCCUCCCCGCGAUCUCGUCGCGAGGGGCGGGCCCAGGCGGACUGGGCUGGGGACUGGCGGGCUGUGGCAGAACGAAGGAAAGGUGAAUGCUCCCAGAGGGGAGCGUGGCAUGAAUAAAGGCCUGGAGGCCGGCACAUCACGGGGCUGCUCUCUGGACAGCCGGAUUGAAGCAGAGUGGAAACGGGGCUGGCUUGAGAUUGUCAUACUGAGUGAAGUUCUAACUAAAGUCCAAACGUGUGGUAUAAACCCAGUGGACACAUAUAUUCACUCUGGUACUUACAGUAGAAAACCACUUCUACCCUAUACUCCUGGCUUAGAUGUGGCUGGGAUAAUAGAAUCUGUUGGAGGGAGUGUAUCUGCUUUCAAGAAAGGCGACAGAGUUUUCACUACCAGCACGAUCUCUGGGGGCUACACAGAGCAUGCUCUGGCAGCCAAUUACACUGUUUACACACUGCCGUAAAAACCGGACUUGAAACAAGGAGCUGCCGUCGGGAUCCUGUAUUUUACUGCACAUCGAGCUCUGCUCCCCAGUGCCCAUGUGAUAGCUGGAGAAAGUGUUCUGGUUCACGGGGCCGGUGGAGGGAUUGGAAUAGCAGCAUGCCAGAUUGCUAGAGCUUAUGGCUUAAGUUUGGGCACAGCUGGUACUGAGGAAGGACAAAAGAUUGUUUUGCAGAAUGGAGCCCACGACGUGUUUAAUCACAAAGGAGCUAAUUACAUUGAUAAAAUUAAGAAAUCUGUUGUUGUUGGCAGCAGAGGUCCUAUUGAAGUAAACCCACGGGACACUAUGGCAAAGGAAUCUAGCAUAAUAAGAGUUGCUCUCUAUUCAUCCACCAAGGAGGAAUUUCAGCAGUUUGCAGCAGUCCUUCAAGCUGGAAUGGAAGUUGGUUGGUUGAGAUCAGUAAUUGGUCCCCAGGAUCCAUUGGAGAAGGUGGCCCAGGCUCAUGAAGGUAUCAUUCAUAGCAGUGGGGCUGUUGGAAAAAUGAUUCUUCUCUUAAAAUGA